GCCUGGCGUGACUCGGCGAAAGACCCGAUAUAAGCGAGGUCUCCAGCAGCGGCCGUUCGCACUCGAAGCAACGGGAUCUCCGAAGCCCUGUUUUACCCCGAUACGUGAACCGUCCUUUGUCGACUGGCCGGGCUGCUUCGAGGCUCCUAAGGCGCUCGUGAAUGACCGAUCCGACUCCCAAGAGACAGUGGGAAGCCUCUGGUGAAAGCUGGGCUCCAGGCGUUCUCUGCGUCCUGCUUCCUAGACGCUGACACAGGCCACUCUAUCCGGACAUCCUCCGGACACAGGACCCUACCCCGAGCACACGUCUUUGAAGGCUUUGAUAAGGCUUCCCGCUUAAGACCUCCCGCUCCUAUAAAUCUUCCUGUCAUGGGAAAGGAGGCAGUAUCUUGGCCGGCUACGGUGCACGCCAACGGAAUCCACCACAAGACAGCCGAGCAGCUUCACCAGGACAUCAUGAGGGACGCCGUCAAGUUCAGCAACGCGCAGCCGCGAACCUUCGCCCAGCAGCUCUCCACGCAGGGUGGCAAGGAUGACCUUGAACAUCCAUUCUACGUGGUCGACAUCGAUGACCUGUUCUACAGGAUGGACCUCUGGCGCAAGUCCAUCCCACGGGCGGCACCCUACUACGCUGUCAAGUGCAACGACAAUCCCGUAGUCCUCGAGGUCUUGGCUGGCUCCGGCUUGGGCUUCGACUGCGCCAGCAUCAACGAGAUCGAGACCAUGAUCGCCCUCGGUGUGGAUCCCUCGAGGAUCAUCUACGCGCACCCACAGAAACACGUCAGCUUCAUCCGCAGGGCCCGAGAUCUGGGCGUCGAUCUCGUGACCUUCGACAGCUCCGAGGAACUCUACAAGAUCAAAGAACAUUACCCAACCUGCCGACUCGUACUUCGACUAAGGGUAGACAACGACAAGGCCUGGUUCGCCAUGGGCGACAAGUUCGGCUGCACCGACAAGGAGGCCGUACAACUGCUUCGCCUGGCUAAGGACCUGCAAUUGGCCGUUGUCGGCAUCUGCUUCCACGUGGGCAGCAGCAACCAGGACCCGACCGCGUUUGCUGGCGCCAUCGCGGGAGCGAGGAGGGCCUUCGACGCGGCACGGGCCAUGGGCUUCGACGUGACUCUCCUGGACAUCGGAGGCGGGUACCCCGGCGAGAAGGAAUCCGAACCCAUCUUUCUCAAGACGGCGGACAUCAUAAACGAAGGAUUGGAGAAAUACUUCCCCGAGAGCUACGGCGUGAACAUCAUCAGCGAGCCCGGCACCUUCUUCGUGCACUCCGCUUUCACGCUCUUCGCCAAGAUCAUCGGCAAGCGAAUCAACGAAGGACAGAACAAUACCAAACCCCGACAAAUGAUGUACUACAUUAACGAGUCGGUCUACAAAUCCUUCGUGGUGUCCCUCUUCAACGACGACCCUGUCGAGCCUCUGCCUCUGGUGGACUCUGACGGUCCGCUGCACGAAAGCAUCGUGUGGGGCAUCACGUGCGACGGCCUCGACAAGAUCAAGGCAUCCUGCAAGCUCCCCGAGCUCUCUGUCGGCCAGUGGCUCAUGUUCGAGAACAUGGGCGCAUACACCAUCACACUCAACACGCCCUUCAACGGUUUCCCCAGCGCAGACAUCGUCUACAGGUCAUCCAAACUCGUCGAAGACCACCUCAGGCGGCACAAGCUUAUCCAGCACAUCAUCGACUCCGCCUGACAGCGGCGCUGACGAUGGCCUUUCACGGCGCACUCUGGAACAAGGCCUGCAUUGCGAGUCGACAUGCAAUGCGAAGACGACCACAUCCUCGUUCGAAACCUUUAUUUAAGCUCUCUGCGUCUAGGAGAGAGAGAGGGCCAUGGCACUGACAACCGUCUGGACGACACUGUCACUUUUGGGCACCGAUGGUUCCCGGUAUUGAUCGAUAGCUGAGGUUAUAGCACUCUUUCUGGUAUGAGGGAAAGGGAUUCGGCAUGUAGCUGGUCGUUGGUCUGGUCGAGUUGGGAGGAACCCGCCGAAAUACGGCCCUCACGGAUGCGUUCGAGAUCCUUGUCAGACCGACGUACGCUGAUCCCGGGGUGAUUGGUUUGCUUGUUUGGUGAAAUAAAUGUAUCGGAUGGAAGAAUGAAACUAC